AUGCACAGUACUUCCCGAAUCCCGAGACCUUUAUUCCCGAAAGAUUUUUUGCCCGCAAACCGGCAUAAGUUGAUUGACUACACGUACGUACCAUUCGGGUCGGGGCCCCGACAUUGCGUGGGAAUGAGGUUCGCCUUAUUAGAGGCUAAGUUAUGUUUGACGCAUAUCAUCAAAAACUAUCGGUUGGUCACUACCGUCCGCACAGACAUACCGGUGUCGUUGGGGACACACAUAUACCACACGCCCCGGCGGGUCAUCGUGGGCGUUGAGCCCGAAAAUAAAUUAUUUUCAAGUGUAUAA